ACGAAUGAUACACGGAUUGACCGGCUCAGGAGGAGCCGGACUGAGGAGAAGCUGCUUCAGGGGUUCAGUUCUACUUUAAAAGUUAUGCCACUGGUGGCUGGGGCAGAUGCAGUUGUCAGAGCCGUGGGCUGGUCGUGUCCCUCCCCCAGUCCUAAAAAAUUAGUAGUCGUGUCUAAGAAGUGAGGAGACGAAAUAUUGAGGUUUUGUGUCGAGUUCUUCCAAAAAGCAGUAGAACGACAUGGGCAGCAGAAAAGAGAUGCUGGACAAUGAAACAAUGAGCAACAUUGAUGAGAUCCAGAGUGAGGAUGAGAUUUCCCAACUGGAGUAUGAAGACUCUCUGAGUAAUCCAGGUACCGGAGAGCAGUCAACCACAGAAUCCUCUUUCUGCCAUGCUUAGAUGUGGAUGAUGAUGAAGAUGUGCAGGCAAUGAUGCAGGGCUCUACAAUGCUGAAGAUUGGUUCUCCAAACUGGAAGUGGAGGCGCUUUCUGAAGCUGGAGGAUGAUAAAAUCACUAUAUGUCAUCAUUCCAAAAAGAGCUUAAAGAAGUCCAAAACCUUCAAGGUGGAGGAUGUGGAAUCUGUGCAAGAGGGUUGUCACUCAGAGAGGCAAAGAUCAUACGAGGGUUUUCUGCCAGAGGAAUACUGUCUGACUGUUGUGUUUAAGAAAAACCUGAAGAGUUUGGACUUGCAGUGCAAAAGCAGAGAGGAGGCACAGCACUGGGCCCGUGGCAUCCGCACCUUACAGCAAAGAAUGAACAACAUGAGCCAUGCCCAGAAACUCCACUGAUAUCCUAAUAAUAUUGGGUCUCUUAUCUGAAAUGUCUUGACAGAGCAGGGAAGGGGUAAAUGAUAAAGUCAUAACAAAAGGCGAAAAAGUUUUUAGAAAUCUUGAUAUUGUUUGAUAUUUGAAAACAAAGGAACAUCUUAAUUUUUUUAGUCCACACCUUAAUCCUAGUCUAUACUCAAUACAAUUUUAUUCUGAUGAAUAAAGUCAGAAUUCAAUGAAUUUGUUUGUUCAUACAGUGUUAGAUCAGUAUUAACCCUUGACCACCCUCACUUGGAUCCACGAAAACCUAAAGAAAGCAGAUUUGAACAAUGAUGGGGUGUUGACAUUUGAGGAAAUGAAAACUCUCCUCCAGAUGGUCAAUAUAGAUCUUGAUGAGCAGCACGCCUCACAACUGUUCAAGGAGUGUGAUCAAUCAGGAGACAUGCUUCUUGAGAAUGAGGAGAUUGAGACGUUUUGUUGCAGGCUGUUGCAGCGCCCUGAGCUGGAGAAUGUGUUCGAUCAGUACUCCUCCAAAAGCCAUGUGCUGUCCACUGUGAAGCUAAGGAAGUUUCUGAAGGAGCAGGGAGAGGACAGUACACUUGUGCAUGCAGAGAACCUCAUCCUUACAUAUGAGCUUGAUGAGUCGGCUAAGCAGGCCCAGAAGAUGACGCUCGGGGGCUUCACCAUGUACAUGCUGUCGAAGAAUAAUGACAUAUUUGAUCCAGAGCAUGACAAAAUCUAUCAGGACAUGAGCCGACCACUCAGCCACUACUUCAUCUCCUCUUCACACAACACCUACCUUACUAAAGACCAGCUUGUGGGCGAGAGCAGCACAGAACCAUACAUCUGGGCAUUAACCCAAGGCUGUCGCUGUGUUGAGCUGGAUUGCUGGGAUGGAGAUAAGGAGCCGGUGAUUUUCCAUGGUCACACCCUCACCACUAAAGUGCCUUUCAAAGAGGUAGUGAAGACAAUCGCUGACUAUGCCUUUAAGACCUCUCCAUUUCCUCUCAUUCUGUCCUUGGAGAACCACUGUUCAGUGGAGCAGCAGACCAUCAUGGCCCAGCAGCUGCGCUCCAUCCUGGGAGACAAACUGCUCACAGAGCCCCUCAGCGAUCAGCCCUGCGAAAGCCUUCCUUCACCAGAGGAGCUGAAGGAGAAGAUUCUGGUGAAGGUGAAGAAGGAACAAGUGGACCAGCCUAAGGAUAAGUCUAAAGCAAAGGGCAAAACCAAUGCUUUUGUCCUGGUGUUUACCAUGAGUCAAGAGCUUUCUGAUCUGGUGGUGUACACUCGCAGUGUUCCCUUCAAGGGCUUCAGUGAAGCAGCCAAGAAACCCCCAAAUGAGAUGUCAUCAUUUACUGAGAAGGUGGCCCUCAAACACAUUAAAACUUCAGGGAAACUGUUUUUACAGCAUAACAGCCAGCAUUUGAGCAGAAUUUACCCAUCUGGUUUUCGUCUGCAGUCAUCCAACUACGACCCUCAGGACAUGUGGAACGUCGGCUGCCAGCUGGUGGCUCUGAACUUCCAGACUGACGGGGAGCAGAUGGAUCUAAACAGGGGACGUUUCUUACCGAACGGUCGCUGUGGAUAUGUCCUGAAGCCCAGCUUCCUGUGCCAAACUGACACUGAGUUUAACCCGGAUAACAAGGGAGGAGGACCAGGACAUAACCACACUCUCCUCACCAUUCAGAUCAUCUCAGCCCAGCAGCUGCCUAAACCAGAGAAUGGAAAACUCAAGUCCAUCGUGGACCCUAUGGUUUGGAUAGAGAUCCAUGGGGUUCCCAUAGACAACAGCAAGGAAAAGACAAAACGCAUUGACAACAACGGCUUCAACCCUACGUGGAACGAAACUUUCACAUUUAAAUUGCACGUGCCUGAGCUGGUCCUGGUGCGGUUCGUGGUGGAGGACCAUGACCAUCAUUCCAAAAAUGACUUCUUGGGACAAUUCACAUUGCCUUUCACCAGCAUGCAAGCAGGUUACAGACAUGUGCGGCUACUGGGGGCCGACGGUUCCAGCCUAUCUCCUGCCAGCCUCUUUGUUCAUGUGAAGGUUACAUCUAAUUACGGUAGCCCUAAGCAUGCUGCAUCACCCAAAGCCUAGAAGAAGUGCAGUCAUGGUGCUUCUGGCUUACAGUGGCUGUUACUGAUUUACUGUGUUGUUUAUAGCUGUCUCUUUGCUGCUCUCUCUCCUCACAGGAAUGAUGGGCCUGCUUAUAUAAGGUGUAAUGGUAUACAUUCGUAAACACUAAAUCAUGCUCUAGACACAGAGUUAUCCAUAGGAGGAGUCUUUCUAGAAGAAUGGUUACAUACAUUAGUGAAGAAAAAUACUGAGGAAAAAUAUAAGCUGAAAAGUUACGUUAACUGUAGCUUCUGUCAUAAACUGUGUAACGUGCAGGAGAUUUGUUCAUUCUUUAAAUGAUCACUUAGUUAGUUAAUUACUUUGUGAGAGAGAAUGUAAACAAAUCAAAAAAAAAAUCAGGUACAAACAUAUUUCAGGGGUGUUGAAUGCAUUAAAUACAUAAAAUCUAAGUCUUAAAUAUUUAUACUGCCAAAUAUAAUUUUGCAUAACUAACUGUGAUCUCAUGUUUUGUCAUUUUUUUUCUGAACUUUUGCACUAUAUUAUUGUAUAUUAUUGUUAUUAGUAAUUAUGCUUUGGUAACUAAGCUCAGAUGGUGAAGUACAAACACACUCAAAGUCAUAACUAUUUUCAUAACUCUAAAGUCAUUGCCAGUCUUUGUUGUAGACAUUACCCUUUUAAGUAUUUUUUUUAUUUCAGUUACUUCUUUUGCUGCAUUCUGUUUAUAAUUAAUCUAUUUAUAAUACAAUAUUCUAAACAGUCUAUAGCAUUACUUUUUGUAACUUUGGCAGCAAUAAAAUGAUAGAUUUUAA